UCAUAAAUCGUGAAGCAAAGGAUUAUAGCGACAAAGAUCUACAAAUCGACGCUUUAAAAACCAAGCAAAUGAGCUCUUACUUUGUUAACUCGUUCUCAGGACGCUACCCAAAUGGCUCCGACUAUCAGUUACUAAAUUAUGGGACUAACGGCGCCGUGAACGGUACGUUCAGGGACCCUGGCACCAUGCACUCCGGGUCUUUCGGCUACAACUACAAUGGCAUGGACCUAAGCGUAAAUCGCACUAACAACAGUGGCCACUUCGGGGCUGUUGGAGAUGAUGCCCGUGGUUUCGGCCCGGACACCCGCUACAGACAGCAGGACUGUUCCCUUGCGUCUCCAAAUUCUGUGCCGUGCGCCACGGCAAACCGCGAGUCAUUGGAACUAAAAAGCCCCUCUCCUUCAUCUGACCGGACCACGACCUCCAACGGCAACAAUCUCAACAAAGGCAACAAAACACAUUUCAGUGAGAUUGAGGAUACCGGCGUUGCCUCCGAAACCGAGGAAGGCGCACAUAGCAGCAGCAGCACUGUCGCCCGAGCGCAGCAACAUCAAGAAUCCAACGCAACCUCUACCACCGCAUCAAGUGACUGCCAAACGCCACAGAUAUUCCCUUGGAUGCGAAAACUACACAUAAACCAUGAUAUGACUGGACCUGAUGGGAAAAGGGCCCGAACAGCCUACACCCGCUACCAGACACUAGAGCUGGAGAAAGAAUUUCACUUCAAUAGAUACCUAACCCGACGGCGAAGAAUAGAGAUAGCUCACACGUUGUGCCUCUCAGAACGACAAAUUAAAAUCUGGUUCCAAAAUCGAAGGAUGAAAUGGAAGAAGGACAAUAAACUGAAAAGUAUGAGUCUUGUCACAGGAGGUAGCGCGUUCCAUAACUGAGUUCAAACUACGAGAUGACAUGAGGAGAAUCCAGAGUACUGUAAUGCGCAGCACCUUUCAGCAUGUUGUGGUAGACAAAUUAUUCGGUGGUGUAAAACACGCUAUUAGUUUGCCGUUGUGUUAUAGUAGCUUAGUUUUGGGGGGAAAUAAAUGUGAAUAUUUUGAGUUAUAAGUGUCGUACUCAGUUUACUCUCGGGUGUUGUCGUGUUUCACGUGAGCUCUUUAUUGUGUAACUUCAUACAAAUACAGGUGUAAAUUAAGUGUACAGUAAAUGUCCAAACCAUAUGCUGCUCUUCAUUGAAUGUAAACCUAUUGGCCUACUGUAAAGAUGAUGGGACCAUUCAAAGCGCUUUAGUGUAAGUUUUAAUGCUAUUUAUGCUUGAUAUUAUCUUGUGGUCAGACCAUAAUUUUGUAACACUCCCAUGCGUAGCUAAAGGUCAUUUGUGCAUCUCUAUACUUAGAAGUAACUAGACUAAUAGAUAUGUUAAACAAUGUACAUGUAUUCAAUAUUCAAAUGUGAACAGUUUGUAGUGGACAAGAAUGGGAUUAUUCGGGGUAUAGACGGCAACAGUGAUGUAAUACUUUUUUGCCAAUGAGCUUUUUG